AUACGUCGCGAAACAAUCAUAUUUGAGUCAGUUGAUAAUCGUCCGUGACACCGACCAGUCGCGCGCCUCUCUCUCGCCCGUCCGUUUGUCCGUGGCUGCCCGUGUGUCGUGCUCGUCGGUGUGUGUUGGUUCUCUCGACUGUCUGUAGCCUCUGCGGCCUGUUCAUGAUCGCGUUUCUAACACAAUGAUCCACCUUUGGAGACGGACGCCCUGCAGGAUCAUCAGCACCUUCCUCAAUACGUAGACGAGAGGAUAGUCUCUUCGUCCUGCAUCUCCUGCACCUCCUUGUUGUGAUAUUAGUGUAUAUAGCUAAGUGCCAUAGUGAUACUGACAAUGAAACUUAUAGUUAUAAUGUUAGUGGCCCUGGAGCUGGUCGCCGGGGACCGCACCAAGCUGCCGCCCACCUGUGAUAGUAUGAUUUACUGCCACGGACCGCUGCUGGACACGGUCCAAAUGGCGGGCCUCUAUAAGGACUCCAAGACCUUCGUGGAUAUGAAACUGAAGCUCUCCGCCAACAUCACCAUGGAGCACUUCCACGAGAUGAUGGCCAGGACGAGUGACCGACCGACCAAAGCCGACAUUCAGGAGUUCGUAGACAAUAACUUUGACCCUGCGGGCUCCGAGUUUGAAGAGUGGAGACCCACGGAUUGGAAGGACAACCCAGCCUUCCUGUCUCGUAUCAAGGACCCUCGCUUCCACCAGUGGGCGUCCGACCUGAACGCUCUGUGGCUUCAGCUCGGCAGGAAGAUGAAGGACGACGUCAAAAACAACGAGCACCUCUACUCCAUUAUAUACGUACACAACCCGGUUAUAGUACCAGGUGGCAGGUUCCGCGAGUUCUACUACUGGGACUCCUACUGGAUUAUCAAGGGUCUGCUUCUAUCGGAGAUGAGGUCCACCGCCAUGGGGAUGAUCUCCAACUUCCUGGAGAUAGUCGACAGGUUCGGAUUCAUACCUAACGGAGGACGGAUCUACUACCUCAUGAGAUCCCAGCCUCCGCUACUGAUCCCGAUGGUGAAGCUGCUGAUGGAUGAUUUUGAGGACCUGGGCUUCCUCCGGUCACACAUACACACGCUGGACAGAGAGUUCGAGUUCUGGAUGAACAACCACACGGUCAGCGUCGACUAUGAUGGGAAAAAGUAUCAGAUGGCUCGAUACAACGACAUGUCUCAAGGUCCGCGACCCGAGAGUUACAAGGAGGACAUAGAUUGUGCCAAACAUCUGGACAGUCGCGAGUUGAAGGAGGAGCUAUACGCAGAGCUGAAAGCGGGCGCGGAGUCAGGGUGGGAUUUCUCCUCCAGAUGGUUCAUACUCAACGGAACCAAUAAAGGUAACUUGACGAACCUGAAGACUCGCUCCAUAGUCCCGGUGGACCUGAACGCCAUCUUGUGUUGGAACGCUGGUCUGUUGUCAGAGUUCCACGCGCGGCUCGGGGACACCUCCCGGGCCGAUUACUACCGGGAGGUCAGGGCUCGCCUGCUGGAGGCCAUCGAGAAGGUGUUGUGGCACGAGGAGGUGGGCGCGUGGCUGGACUUCAGCUUGGAGUCGGGGCGAGCGCGGGACUACUUCUACCCCUCGAACGUGGCGCCGCUCUGGACCGGCGCCUACGAUCGCGGCCGCGAGGAAUACUACGUCAAUAGGGUCAUCAACUACCUCGAUAAAGUCAAGGUGGACAUCUUCGAGGGCGGCAUCCCGGCGACGUUCGAGCACUCCGGGGAGCAGUGGGACUAUCCGAACGCCUGGCCGCCGCUACAGCACAUGGUGGUGGAGGGUCUGGCGGGCACCAGGCACGCCGCCGCCAACAGGCUGGCCGGGGAGAUCGCCGCCAAGUGGGUGCGCUCCAACUACGAGGUCUGGAGACACAAGACCGCCAUGCUGGAGAAGUACGACGCCACGGUGUUCGGUGGGUUCGGCGGCGGCGGCGAGUACGUGGUGCAGACCGGCUUCGGCUGGACCAACGGAGUGGUGAUGGUGCUGCUCAACGAGUACGGAGAUUGGUUAUCGGCAGAGGACGCGUUCGGCGGAGGGGACGAGGAAGGCGGGGCGGGAGGGGAAGGGGGAGCGGGGCUGCACGUCCAGGGGGCGGGGGUGGGGGCGGGAGGGGUCGCCACCGCCCUGCUGGUGGUCAUGGCGUCGCUCGCUGCCGGGACGCUUGGUGUGAUGGUGUACAGGAAGCGUCGUGAUUACACUCCCCUCGUCACCGGCGAGGAUCUGAAGCUCCUCAAGCGCCCCUACACCGAGCUGAGGUCUAUCAACGGAGCCUCGGACACGAGACUGCGGUGAAUAUGAACACACCUCGCCACCGACUACACCUCUGAUACCUCACUGACCAGACACACACCACUCGACAUAUAGAGAUGUCACACAUUACAUCCGCCACAAACGCUGUCGCGUGUCGGCACCGACCGCUGGAAAGGUCACACACACAGUAAGCUGCUCAACAGUGGAUGCUCAUCAGAAGUAUACUAUCAAAGUGAUAAUUUAUAAUUAGAUUAAAUAUAUUAUAACGGCGUCGAGAAACGAAACCGUCUUUGUGAUGAGGAAGGUUCUUCAGAGAAAUCUGUAAUAGUUUAAUUUAGUCGAAUUGACGGAACGAAUGUAAUGUGAGGUGCUUCCAAGAUCACUCUGAGCAGACUGAACUCAAGGAGUCAAAGGGAUUUUAGGUAAAAUUCAUCUGAACUCAUUAUGUUAAUACAACUCAUAUUAUAACAGAGCUUAGACUUUUUGGCAAAUUUCAUGUCUGGAACCGAUUCUCAUUAUAUCGAGUUGGCGGAUUAACGCAAGGUCGGAACUUAAUUUCUAAGUAAACAUUUUAUUGUUGCGUUGUAUUUCAAUGCGGCCUUGGUUAUCACUGAACUGCUACGCAACUUACAUUUACAUUAUCAUGACGAGACGUUUGCCAAAAAAACCAUCGCUGAUUUUACGGUUAAAAAUCACAUGUGUAUUGUCCUUAUAAUUUAUAUAAAGUGUUAGUUAGAGGACACUUCGUCGGUCGCUGGCGACUUUUUCGUUUCGAACCAACAAGAUAUUAAAUAUUCAAUGAGCGGGCGUUCUGUCACCAGAAUUGUGAUAAUCUGUAAUGAUAUGUGCUCAGCUGCGAACAUGGACUAUUGUAUAUGGAUAAGGUCAUGUUUACAACAUGUGAGUGAACAAAGUCAGUAGUCAGACUGUAUGUAUAGUGUAGAUUGGUAUUAACGAAGUAUUAUUAGUCUAGAUGUUAGUGGUAGCCGUAAGUAGACCAUGCCAACUGUUCCUUGUACAUAUUUUUGCUUGCAUUUAUCUAUGAAAGUGUGAUUUUUAACCGUCUUCUCAACUUCGUCGAUUCCUUUGUAGUGAUCGUUGUUUUAGUUAAUUUUAUUAUUUAUUUAUAUAUUUUUAUUGUCCUCCUGACGUAUCUGUGUAAUAAAUUUAUUAUCUAAUAAAAUAUUGAAUUGUG